AUGUGUGCUCCUGAGGGCAACUGGGAUACUUUUCCCCUAGUAAAAGUCAAAUUUCAGUCAGAGUGUGAAGAGUACGACUUCACCACUACUGUAGAGUCUGCAGGUGAAGACUCUAGUGAGGAAACCAGAAAAAGGAAACACACAAAGAAAGUUUGGGGGGAUGAUUUCGUCACAGACAUAGAUGGUAUAAGGAGACGAAAAGGUCCAAAUGAAGAAGAGGACUAUAACUUGCCUCCAGAACUUCCAAUCCAAUCAGGUGAUGAACAAGAGGAAAACAAGUCUAAAGAGCCGGAUGUGAGCCAGGUUAAAAAGCCAACUGAGAAAAGGGAACUGCCUUCGCCUCCCAUUAAGAUACAUCAUGGCAAGCAGGACAAAAGUGGGAGGAAAAAGGACAAAAAUGGAAGGAAGGAAAACCAAAGUGCCGGGAAAAAGAACGCAAAUGGCAGGGUAGAGAAUCGUGGACAAGCGAAGACUGGAGUAAACAAGACGGCUCGGCAACUCAUACAGGAGUUUGAGGAGCGGAGAUCUCGAGACAAACGCAAACAAAUUAUUUCUGAGUCGGAUUCUCUAAGUAGUAGCGACGAUGAUGAAGAGGUAAGGAGAAGACACAAAAAAGCGCGUCAUUCAAAAAAAAAAGAAAGGAGCCGGUCCAGGAAAAGAAGCCCGUCAAAGAAAAAGGAUCUGUUUCCCAUGGAUGAAGGACGUUUUCAGAGGAAAGUCCUGUAUCUCUUAACAGAGAUACGUGACUCAGUGAAAAGUACUGGGAAGGUGACAGUGGAACAGUGCAGGGGAUUACAGAUCCAGCAACUGUCAACAUUUGAUGAGCUGAAAGAGUUUGAACAGUUUCUCGAGGAGGGGGACAACCUUGAAAAACUGGUAUGAAACAAACUUUUCUAUUGAUUUUCAGCUAGAUUAUAUUCGAAGAAUAAGGAGAUCUAUUACACUCACCCUGGUGUCAUCAUCAUAAUGAUUAUUGUUAAGGAUAAUUUUUACUUUUUAGCUUGACAAAUAAUUGAUUUUAUAUUGACUUAUGCAAUCCUGUACUAUCAAGAACUUUGAAUAGUCGAGUGCGCUGUCAUUUGAUAGCUCUUGUUUAAAUUCCAUACAUCUGUUAUUC